AACGCCAUGAUGGCAUUUUUGUUUGCCACUAGUGACAGGGAAUUCAAGAAAAGAGAAUUCCAUUUUCCUUUCACAGAAUCAUGGCAUUUCUACUUUACUUUUCCAAAACAUUGAUCCCCCUUUUGCCUCUUCCCUCCUCUCCACUCCACCUUCUUUGCCCUAUAAUCCCAGAUUCUUCCUCAUCCCUCCCAAGUUGUUUCUUUAUAUACGCAAAUGUUAAUGAAAGAGGAACAAAUGGGUAGCAGCAUUUACCAUUGCUAAGUUAAUCCCAGGCUCAAAACCAUGAAAGGCUCAGUGGGUUUAUCUCGGCCAUGCCUGAGUCUCAAAUUGGUCUCUGACAAAGUUGGGAGCUUACUGUGCUGCCAUGGUUCACCAAACAAGUACAGCAGAUUAGAUUCUAAGCUCGAAACGAAAGUGCUGGAGGUUAAGAGAAACGCACCCGCAACUCUCAGUAUCAGGUCAAUCAAUGCUCUAAUCUUAAAAUUUCCUCACUUCAGAGAGGGGUUGAAGGAGAUUAGAACCGUGUUCGAGCAGUUUGAUGAAGACUCGAAUGGAGCUAUUGAUCGCGAGGAACUGAAGAAAUGUUUGCAGAAGCUGCAGUUUCAUGUUGGAGAAGAGGAAAUCGAUGAACUUUUUCGUUCUUGUGAUGUGGAUGAUAACGAAAAGAUUAAAUUCAACGAGUUCAUAGUGCUUCUAUGUCUGAUUUAUCUUCUAAUGGAUGCACCUUCCUCGGGUUCUACAUCAAAGAUUGGCUCUCCAGUCGUCGAAUCCACCUUCAACACAAUAGUGGAAGCGUUCUUGUUUCUCGACAAAAAUGGCGAUGGAAAGCUGCACAAGAAGGACGUGGUCAAGGCCUUCAACGACGCUUUCCCUUUGGAGAAAUCGCCAUCUCAUGUUACCCGGACAAGAUUUAAAGAAAUGGACUGGGACAGGAGUGGCAAAAUCAGCUUCAGAAAAUUCCUGUUCGCGUUUCUUGAUUGGGUUGGCAUUGAUGGUGACGACGAGGACCACAUGGCAGAAAUCUAGAUGGUCGAAGAAACAAGACAAUCUGAAGCCUGAAGAACAGAUAAGUUUAAGUAUGUGGUUGUGGCAUUGUUUAAUUGAAUUCAUUUAUAUAUAUGGUGCAAACUGAAACUUCUUGGAAAUAAUUUAAAAGCAGAUAUGUAUAUAUAUAAAAGGUGUUUUGCCUGUCAUUCUUUACAAGGG